AUGGAAGCUCACCUAAAUAGUUCUCAGAUUGUUAAUGGCCCUGAAAUUUUGGGCAAGUUUGUUGGUGAAACUGAGAAAAAUGUUAGAGAUCUAUUUGCUGAUGGUGAGAAUGAUCAAAUGGCUCAUGGUUGGUAUACUGAAUCUUUCUGUACUUUAACUGUCAACAAUCUUCAAGUAGAUAAGCUUAAAGACAUGAAUGAAAGAGUGUUCACAUUGAUUUGCGACUGUCUGAAGCCAGUGACGUACGGUGAGAACAGCUUCAUUUUUCGAGAUCCACUGGAUUGCAUUGUGUUCAUUAUCGAUGGGACAAUGUGGACCUACGGGUCGAGUGAUAGUAAAGUUGGGCAAAGAUUCUCAUCAAUGUCCAUCGAGCGCCUCGUGAAAGGUCACUUUUACGGGAAAGAGCUUUUUGAUCGGUCAUCAGACUAUUUCACCGAACUUCCAGUCUCCAGCAAACAUGUCAAAAGUCUGACAAAAGUAGAAGCAUUUGUGCUCAUGGCCAAGGACUUGGAAACUCUAGUCUCCAGAUUCCCACUACAGUGGGCGAAGAAGGGUUCUCAAGAGGAGAGGGACAUAGCAGCUUCUAUGUUAGCAAAAGCAUUCCGUCGAGGAAGGAGAUGGCGGUACUUGAUGUAUUAG